AUGACUGAUGAGCUAAAGAGCUCUGAAGUUCGCUCAGAAGGCAGCCAUAAGACAGGAAAAUAUAACGGCUAUGGCACUACGCAUAAGAUCAGAGCUCAGUUGAAUUUUAAUGAUGAGAAGAAAUGGAAGAAGUUUUCUAGCAGAAGGCUCGAACUCAUCGAUUCUUUCGGGCUGAGUCAGCACAAAGCGAGCGAGCAAGAUGAUAAUAUAAAACAAAUAGCUACCAUAUUAAGAUGUGAAUUCGAGUAUCCUGAGACCUCUGGGGCAGAGUUUGAAAAAUUAGUAACUGCUGCUGUUCAAUCGGUGAGAAGAAAUAGAAAACGUUCGAAGAAGAAAUUGCUGUGCUCGAAAAAGAAAAUUACCUCUAGUAAAGUUCAUAAAAUCCCAUUGUCCCCCCCCAGUUCAAGCAAUGUGGGGUCUUCCUGUUCCGCCUCCAACGCAUCAAGCUCCGACGAGGAGGCUAGCUUAAAAGAAGAGCCUAGAGGACCUACUCUUCCCACUCUUAAUACUAUGAAAUCAGCGAAAUUGACUCCUUAUCCGAGUGAACGUAGUCUCCCACCGGUAUCAACCCACAUGUGCCCCUUGCUUGAGAAGAACAGUUCGCCUUUUUUGGGUUCAGAUAUGCCUAAUGGCGGUAGAACAUUGCGAAAGCUUGAAAUAGAUACUCAGCCCUCAACAAAUGGCCAUAACUACGAUUUCAUUGUCAGAUCAUUAAUUGUUGACAUUGUAAAUAAUACUAUCCCGCUCCCUGAACAAAUUCAAAGAGAUAAAUUCAUUAGGCCAAAUUUAACAGAAAAAAAAGGCCGUCAAAGUAGGCUUGUAAUAUCCAACAAUUUAAGAAAGCUUAUCCUAUCGAAGAUACACAACUCCAGGACGUGUUUAGAUAUUUCCAAAGAUGAAAAACAUCUGGAUUUUUUUACGAAUUUAGAAAUUCUGGGCCAAAGUUCCCUUAGAGCUUCUAUCUCAUUUGUGGUAGAAAGUAGCUUCUCCCAUUUGCCACCCUCCACAAGAAAGUAUCUUACUGGUAGGCUAUCAUCGAUAGAUUUUUUGAGCGUGUUAUCUCAAAGGCUUUUUACACCUGCCACUCGCCAAAUAUUUGCUGAUCUAUCGCAAGAAAAAAUUCAAGUCAGAGUGCUGGAUCUCAUAUUAGGGUCUCUUGUUAAGGAUUACGGAUUUGACGCUUCUUUAGCGCCCAUCAAUGAAAUUAUCUACCACAUGACGCUUCAUCAGUACCCAUUAGUUUGUAUAAAAAAACAGCCCAAUGUAACGGCCACAAACUCUAAAUCCGAGGUCCCUAGUAAGUUCUCUUCACCGAAAAGCAUGAGCGCUCCCAAUAAACGGGAGUCUCAAUUUAACAUUCCAAAUACAUCGGCACGUAAUGCAGAUAUCAAAUUGGCUUCAAUAGAGUCCUCAAAUACGUACGAAGGUGACGGAUUGAGGAUGCUGAGUGCGAUUUCAUUACAAAUUGAAAAGUCCAAACUCCCUGGACAAUUUCGUGAUGUUCCACAAUGA